UAUUGUGUACCUGUGUUUUUAUUGUGUGUACAUUGUGUAUUGUUCACAUUGUGCCCGGGGUCAUCGCCCACGUUACUGCGUGUGUCGGGGGACACAAUUCAUCGCGGACCGGAAGUAGGCAAAACUUCCGGCUGUAUCGGCAGCUGGCGCCAUCUUUAACCGUCAAGUCGCGGUGUGACCGUGAGGCCGAGGUCGGGUGUGAGAUGCCGUGGUGCUCACAGCUGGACGAGUGCGUCCUGGUCGCCAGUCUGGACAAUGCCCGGAAUCUCUCGAACCUCCUGAGGGCCGUUCACUUCAGGGACCGCGCGACCAUCCAGGCGACUCCGGCCGGCAUCAAGGUCACUGUGGAGAACGCCAAGUGUGUCCAGGCCAACGCCUUCAUACAGGCAUGCAUUUUUCAGGAAUUUGUAAUUGAAGAAGACUCUGUGAUGUUUCUAAUAAAUCUGACCGUUCUCCUAGACUGUCUGACUAUAUUUAGUGCAAGUGCCUUGCCAGGAGUAACAACAGCCUUGAGGAUGUCUUACCGGGGAUAUGGCUACCCCCUCGUUCUUUUCCUGGAGGAGAGUGGUGUAGUGACUGUUUGUAAAAUUCAAACUCAGGAACCAGAAGAAACUCUCGAUUUUGACUUUUGCAAUGCAAACGUUAUUAAUAAAAUUAUACUGCAGUCAGAGAGCCUGCGGGAGGCAUUUGCGGAACUUGACAUGAGUAGUGAGGUGUUACAAAUCACCAUGUCUCCAGACAAACCCUAUUUCAGGUUAUCUACUUUUGGGAAUGCUGGGAGCACACACUGUGAUUAUCCAAAGAACUCCGAUAUGAUGGAGGCGUUUCACUGUAACCAGACUCAGUCCAGCCGGUAUAAAAUCUCAUUACUGAAACCAUCAACAAAAGCUCUGGCUCUGUCUUCUAAAGUUUCCAUCCGCACAGAUAACCGAGGAUUCCUAUCCUUGCAGUACAUGAUUCGAAAUGAAGAUGGACUGGUCUGCUUCGUGGAAUAUUAUUGUAGUCCUGAUGAAGAGAUGGCAGAGUCAGAAACGUAAUCAUUAAAUGUAAUGCAGCAAUUUGUUCAUCA